AUAGUGCUGCCCAGCUACAGUGUCGUGCAGCCAGUUGCUCUGCGCACUGGGGCCGGCCGCAUGGAACCCGAGCUGGAGCUGGAGCUGGAGAACCUUCUGCUCAGGGUCCCAUCCUGGAGCACACUUGGAGGCCCUGAGCAUCAAGAAAUAAGCUUCCUAGAACGUGAAGACAGCGCCCCAUGGUCAUCACCAGCCGUGACCACCAGCUCUGAAAGGGUCCAUGGGAAACGGGGUGCCAACGCCUCAAGAUGGAUGAGACAGGAAGCUGUGGAGGAAGGGGAUCUGUCAGGUGGGGGCCAAGGUCCCCAGGUCAGGCCAGCUGCUGAGUCUGCCACCGGGCAGGAAGCCACAUUCCCUCAGGCCACGCCCUUGGCUGAGGUGGGCACCCCUGCAACAGGGUGGGACUCCCUCUCGCCCAACAGUGCAGCCUCAGCUGUGGACUCUGGCAUGGAUGACAUGGAGUUGGCCAUGGCCAUUCCGGCCACGGAAGCCUGGGGCUGCGAGCUGGAGGACCUGGCAGAAGAGGGGCCAGCCCAAUGCCCGUCCCCACAGGCACAGCCCCUCAGCCUCGGCUGGGAUGAUGAGUUGCAGAAGCCUGGAGCCCAAGCCUACAUGCACUUCAUGCAGGAACAUACCUGCUACGAUGCCAUGGCAACCAGCUCCAAGCUGGUCAUCUUUGACACCACCCUGGAGAUCAAGAAGGCCUUCUUUGCCCUGGUGGCCAACGGCGUGCGGGCGGCCCCACUGUGGGACAGCAAGAAGCAGAGCUUUGUGGGGAUGUUGACCAUCACAGACUUCAUCUUGGUGCUGCAUCGCUACUAUCGGUCCCCGUUGGUCCAGAUUUACGAGAUCGAAGAGCACAAGAUUGAGACCUGGAGGGAGAUCUACCUACAAGGCUGCUUCAAGCCCCUGGUCUCCAUCUCUCCCAAUGACAGCCUGUUCGAAGCCGUCUACACUCUCAUCAAGAACCGGAUCCACCGCCUGCCUGUGCUGGACCCGGCCUCGGGCACAGUGCUCUACAUCCUCACGCACAAGCGCCUGCUCAAGUUCCUGCACAUCUUUGGUGCCCUGCUGCCCCGGCCCUCCUUCCUCAACCGCACCAUCCAAGACUUGGGCAUUGGCACAUUCCGAGACUUGGCUGUGGUGCUGGAAACGGCACCUGUGCUCACAGCGCUGGACAUCUUUGUGGACCGACGUGUGUCUGCACUUCCGGUGGUCAAUGAAUCUGGUCAGGUCGUGGGCCUCUACUCCCGCUUUGAUGUGAUUCACCUGGCUGCCCAGCAAACUUACAACCACCUGGACAUGAGUGUGGGGGAAGCCCUGAGGCAGAGGACAGUGUGUCUGGAGGGAGUCCUCUCUUGCCAGCCCCAUGAGACCUUGGGGGAAGUCAUCGACAGGAUUGCACGGGAGCAGGUGCACCGGCUGGUGCUCGUGGAUGAGACUCAGCAUCUCCUGGGCGUGGUCUCCCUCUCCGACAUCCUUCAGGCACUGGUGCUCAGCCCUGCUGGCAUAGAUCCCUCGGGGCCUGAGAACGCCCGAGUCUUCCCUCCUGGGCCACCUAUGGCAGCUGGAAGCCAGCAAAGGGAACUGGGGCACUUGGCCUGCAUCUUCUCUACCCCUGUUUGCUGGUUCAGCUUUGUCUGGCUCAGGUGUCUCCAGCCCUUCCUAGCUGCUCUCACCUGCCUGUGCUCCCAAAAACCCUCGGGCGUGGCCACUGCACCCUGGGAUGCUGAGAUGAAGCAGAACUGCUUAGCCAAGCCUCAAGGCCCCUGCAUGCCGGCUCUGGGAUGAGCCCAGGUCAUCCAUGUUCCAUGGCUGCCCAAAUUCUUUCCCCAGCCUGGGUCAGAACUGGUCCUGGCAGGGAGCAGUGAACCUGCAGCCCAUGGGGUUAGUCAGGGGCUCCAGGCUUCUCAUCUUUAGGUCACACCCAGCUACUGGGAAGGCCAGCUGUUCCUCUUUCAGGCCACCACCCUCCUCCUUCUCUAAUGUCACUUUAGGGAUGUUGGAGGUCAUGAGACGGACACACUUACCCUUAGAGCUGUCUGUUGGAGUGGAGUCUUCCCUCUGUUCUCUUCCAGAUAACUUGUUAGCGCUCCUCAGGGAGCAGUACUGUCAGUCCAUGCUGGUGGAUGGCCUUGUAUUUGGGUCCAUGAGAACAAGCCAUGGCAAACACAAAAAGGACAACUUUCUUAGGGUUCACUCAAAAUGGUACAGUCAUUUACCCUGAACUUGUAGCCAGGAUCCUAGCGCUUUCUGAAUUCAAAGGCUCCAAGGAAAUUCUACAGUUAGCAAAAAGCCCCAAGUGGCAUUUCUUUUGCAUCCACUGUGUUUUCCAUUGAAAUUUCUUUUUUACCUUUUGUUUGUAACAAAACCACAAAGACGAUGUCCAUUACUUAUAUAUAUAGCAGGAACCACCUAUCAACAAACUCUCUGUGAGAAAUGUAACUCAUCCAAUACCAAAAGCAAUUUUUACUGUGAACCUUUCAAUUUGAGGUCUCCCCCACCUUUUCCUGAGGUUAAGAUAGGUAGGGAGGGGGAUGCUUUAACUGGUGUGUUAGACUUUGCUCCUUCGACAUCAGCACCAUCCAUGCUAGCACCUGCCCAAGAAUCCUGAUUUCCCACCGGGCAGCCAGUUGUCAGUCAUUGGCAUGUAUGGUCAUUGCCAGUUGCUGCCUCACUCCUGCAGAGUCUCCUGCACUUGUGACAUGCAGAACAGGGCAGCUUUGGCUACCUGAAGUCCCAUGAGGCCAUUCCAGAGCUAGAUGCUCAGAUGUACAGCUGGCAGCGUGUGUUGCUCUGCCUCCUGCUAUUAGUUUGCCUAAGUUCACCACAGAAAGAGUGGGACUUUAGGAUCUUCUACUCCCCAAACGUACAUAGGGUCCUUUCUUGGGGCUCUUUGCUUGAGGACCCCAGAAAAUAUCUACAUUCUCUUCGUUCCUUAAUGCCCUACCAGUCUUGGAAUCUUUUUAUUUAAAUUGAUUAAUUUAUUUGAAAGUCAGAAAGAAAGAGGAAAGGAGAGAGAUCUUCUACCCAUUGGUUCACUUUCCAAAUGACUACAGUGGCCAAAACUGGGCCAGGCUAAGGCCAGGAACUAGAAGCUUCUUCCAGGUACCCCCUGUAGGUGCAGGGGCCCAAGCACUUUGGUCAUCUAAUGCUUUCCCAGGUGCAUUAGCAGGGAGCUGGAUCAGUAGUGGGGUAGUCAAGACUCAAACCAAUGCUCAUAUGGGAUGCCAGUGCUGCAGGUGGCUGCUUUCUACUUGCUAUGCCACAACACCCACAUCUUUGCCAGUGGGAAGGGGGGUUUGUUCUCUAACCCAGAUAUUCUUUCAAGUCCUUGGUAUACAUCCUAAAUUCUGGCCAUCCACUUUGGACAUUGGGCUUUUGAAAUUCCAAAGCUAAAGCCUCUGCAUGACCUCAGACACUGCA